AUGAAGUUUUUCUUCUUCUGUCUCACCAUCAUCGGAGUCAAUUCUCGAUUCAGUGCCACUGGAAAAUCUGCAAUUCUCAAGGUGCACAAUCACUUGAGAUCAGCGAUUGCCAAAGGAAUGUAUGACGCGAAGGGAACAAUUGAGCCACCAGCAUCAAACAUGCGCAAGAUGAAAUGGGACACCGUCAUCGCUGCCUCUGCUCAAAAGUAUGCCAAUCUUUGCCCAGAUGAUCACUCUAAUGUUUCAAAUCGUGGAGAGAAUCUAUUUUGGUCAUUGACUUCAUUUGCUCCAACCAAUCUUGAUGAAUUCGGAGUCGCCGCUUCCCAAUCCUGGGAGAAAGAAUUCCAAGAGUAUGGAUGGUAUUCCACUACUUUGGAUAAGGACACUUUCAACUCUGGAAUCGGACAUGCAACUCAGAUGGCUUGGGCUGAAACUAAUCUGAUCGGUUGUGGAGUCAAGAACUGUGGAAGAGAGAAAGAUGACAUGUACAAGGUUGCAGUGGUCUGCCAAUACAAAUCAGCUGGAAACGUGAUUAACAAGAAAAUCUACCAACCAGGAGACACUUGUUCCCUCUGCUCAUCUGGAUUCAAAUGUGAAACCGCUUCCGGUUUGUGUGCCUAA